CUGGAGGUGCGGUAGCAUGUACAGAGCGAUAGCUCCAUAGAUAUAGCGACAUAGUGCUAAAUCUUAUUUUGGAUUUCGAGAAUCCUGUUUCUGGCGAUAGCCUAAAUUUCAGCAAUAUAGUUGCUGACAGAGUAGUCUUGCAUUUUAGCCCGAUUUUCGCCUGCUUCCAAGAGCUGCGUUAGUGCCAGCGAAUUAUUUACACCCCUUGACGGUGUUCUAGGCCUUAGGAGCCAGUAUAUACUGGCUCCUUAUUGUGGAGUUAAAUCCACGCCCAGCAAUUAUACCCGGAUCCGCCCGUUGGCUGGGGACCACUUUGAUUCACAUCUAACCGUGAGGCCUAUCCCGCCGGCCGUAGACGGAGGACGUGGACAUUUGGCCCUUCUAGUUGCCGAUAAAGUUGUGUCAUCCACCACCGAAUCGUCAGUUCAAGGACAGAACAUUUUUAUAAACUCAAGCUUUAGCAAGUUUGCAUCAGUUUCCAGAUAAGAACAGCCACCACUAUGAAGAGAACAAAGGGUGAAAACCUGAGGAUUGGGAAAUCUUUCUUGCAGUAUCUCCAAGACGUCUACGGUUAUGGCAACAUCGUUGGCAGGAAGGAGAUGGGUGACAUCUUCAGGGAUGUCUUCAAGCCAAGCCUUGGUACUGGUGGUAGCGGCUUUAACCUUUCCUCAGUCCUCUAUGCCCUGGGAACUGCUUCUCAAGUGGAAUUAAAAGGCGGUAAGGUUCACAUUCAGAGGGGCUUCCAUGCUAAGGACCAGUAUACGACUCUCCACGAAAGCAAGGAGGAUACAAAUGCAUCAUCGGGGUUCCUUUACUACUGUCCCGACUGCGACGUGAGGGGCACUUCGACAUCGACAAUUCAAGAUCAUGUUAGAGGGAAAAAGCACCUCAAACAGAUCAGACUGAAGUAUUUGAAAGAUAAAAGCAAAGAGUUGGUAGCAAGCCAGCGAGGGAUAAACGUGCACAGUGACUUUGAAAAGAAAGAUGGCGUCAUUGCAUUGGUGUUGGACAAAAACUGCUCCAAAGAGAUUACAAUUACCAUCAAAAAUACAAGUGCAACACAAAUCAUGUUCCUAGCGUGUGAGAUGCUUAAAGCGCAGCCUGCUUUCUGUAUGUCCAAUACAGACUAUGAUGCCAUUGAGCCAGGAGAGAAGCAGAAAUUUCAGAUCACCGUCUACGCCGACACUGUGGGUGUGCUGCAAACUCCUCUGCUCUUCGCCUUCAACGUAUCAGACGAAGAUGAGGUGUUUCACAUGUUGCGUUUCCUGAGCAUUCAAGUGAAGAGUAAGAUAGCUGAUGACUUGCCCCCCACCGUUCCCUAUCAGCGUCCGGCGAAGAAGUCACAGAGGCGACCCAAGGGGGACAUUGUGGACGGCGUCCCUCUAGAAAAAUCCGGCAGCAAUAAACUGAAAAUGAUCAAGCUUGGCGGAUAUCGCAUACCGGAUCAACUUCGCGACCAGAUCAACAGCAAAGAUGGAGUGAAAAAAUUGAGGAAGAACAUGAAGAAGCCUCUUUCAUGGGGCAACUAUGCCAGUAGGUUUUCCAGUCUGCUGCACCAAGACGAAUGCCAGAUGGAGGUGGAUAUCCGACGAUAUGACAUGGAUGGUGUCACCAUGAGAAAACAGGGCAAACUCCUGUAUCUGAAGGUCCCCGGUCUUGCCGAAAAUCGACCCUCUGUGCUACAGGGCGAUCAUUUGUUUGCUACCUUCACAGGCGACCGAUCCAACUCGAACCCCAAGAUGUACAAAGGCUACGUCCACCAUGUGGAGCUUGAGGAGGUGGCUUUGGGAUUCAAUCAAGAGUUCGUAAAUCGCUUCAUCAAUGGGACCAAGGUCUACAUAGAGUUCACCGUCAAUCGCUUUACCCUAUGCAUGCAGCAUUUUGCCAUCGGCGAGACACCCAAACAUGCCAACUUGCAGAAUGUUCUCUUUCCAACAACUAGCAUCGUAGGAGAUAAACCUCUCCUAUGCUCUGUGCCAAAUGAAAGUCAGUUUGCUCGCUGUCUGUAUGAUCAGAAGCUAGCCUCAAAUACAGAGCAAGUCAAGGCUGUCUUGCAUAUACUACAAGGCACCUCCCGCCCAGCUCCCUAUCUAGUGUUUGGACCUCCAGGCACUGGCAAGACUGUCACCAUUGUGGAAGCAAUCAAACAGGUGUACAAAACGUUCCCUGGUAGUCGCAUUCUGGUCUGCGCUCCCUCUAACAGCGCGUCGGAUCUGAUCGCCAAGCGGCUGCUUUCUGGAACUGUCACUCCUGUUGCCAAGACAACAAUCUUCAGGAUGAACGCCAGGAGUACAGACUGGAAAACUGUGGAUGAAACUCUUAAGGAGAAGGAAUGCUGCAACUACAACAAGAUGACGGGACAUAACUACUUCCCACCGAAGGAGGAACUUCUGGAGAAGCGGAUUCUGGUGACAACUUUGUGCACUGCCGGGAGAAUUGCCACUGCUGCAGGCUUUCCUUACGACCACUUCACUCACGUCUUCAUUGACGAGGCGGGCCACGCUGUAGAGCCAGAGGCCAUUAUAUCUCUAGCCAACCUCUUGAAUCCAAACCACCCCCAUGGAGGUCAAGUGGUACUGGCCGGCGACCCCAAGCAACUGGGACCCAUCAUCAGGUCACCACUGGCCCUGGAACAUGGACUAGGGCUAUCCUUCCUGGAGCGGCUCAUGACAGGGCCUGAGCCCUACCACCGACAGGACGAGGAACCGCAUUACGACAGCCGCGUCCUGACCAAGCUGCUGCAUAACUAUCGCUCCCACCCGGCCAUCCUGAAACUGCCCAAUCAGAUGUUCUAUGCAAAUGAGCUGGAGGUCCAUGCCGACAAAAUGGCAAGGGAGUCCUUGUGCAAAUGGGAAAAACUACCCAAAAAGAAUUUUCCCGUCAUAUUCCACGGGGUGGAGGGAAUUGAUGAACGCGAGGCUCGUAGCCCGUCCUUCUUCAAUGCUGACGAGAUUGGGGUCGUGGUUGAAUACACUCAGGACUUGCUGGCAAAGCGAGGGGGCAUACGCGUCAAGGAGACGGAUAUAGGUAUCAUCUCACCGUACCGUCGCCAGGUGCAAAAGAUCAAAGGGGUGCUCAAGAAGCACAAGAUGAGUGACAUCAAGGUCGGUUCAGUGGAGGAGUUUCAAGGUCAAGAGAGAUUGGUCAUCAUCGUCUCCACGGUCCGUAGCACCAAACCAGAACACAUCCAGAUGGACAUUGAUUACAAACUGGGAUUUCUCAAAAACCCUAAGAGGCUGAAUGUGGCUGUGACUCGAGCCAAGGCACUGCUGAUCCUCGUGGGUAAUCCCUACACGCUGAGGAAGGAUGAAAACUGGAACAUGUUCCUGGAGUAUUGCCUGGAGAACAAAGCCUACACGGGAUGCUUCUUCAAGAACGAGAACGAUGAAGUGGAGGACACCAUUGAGAAGUUUGAGAAACUGAAGAUAACAUCCGAGUUGGUGGACAAGCCAGUGGAUGAGCGAUUGGGCGUGAGUGCAGAAACUGAGCAGCAUGAUCCCGAGUGGCGCAGUGAGGAUUACUAAUGAAAAUCAAGGAGAGAGCGGACAGGUUCCAGACUAAGUGAUAACAGAAACCAAGAGCAAGUUUAGGCGAGAACCAUGGUUAACCAUCUUUCAAUUAACGUCACUCAAAUGUAGGAUGGUUGGACUACGCUAGUCUACUAUUUGGAACCGCAGCAUAAGGCACAGUUGCAUCACUGGUUACCAGUAGCCGUGCACAUCAUAAUGAACAGCAGGGAGCCAGGACCCAGAAAUUGUGUGAUGACGCUUUUGACCAGUGUUUGACUAGACGUGUUCCCCAGUUGCUAAUAGUGCGCAGGCGUAAAAAGAUGCGUCACCGAUCAACCACUAUGGUCGUCUCAUGGUCCUUGCUCAAACUUACUCUAUGCUUCAAGACGCUCUGCGGAUUUAGGUUUAAUUUUUUUUUUUAUUACAUGUAUGCAUGCUGGGGAACAUUUGGCUUUAUUUUUUAAACAGCUUCUACUAUCAGUGCACAUUUUUAAUACCAAAGUGCAGUUUUCUCGGUCAGUAUUAUUUGGUAAAACUUGAUAAUGACUUUCUUGUUCUCUAUUGAUAAGAAUACAUUUAAUUGGAUUUAACUGGAUUUAACUUUCAGGAUGUUAUUGUUGCAAUUAAACUGUAUUUUUAUAUUUGUAUUGAAGUUGUGAUAUGGUGCUAUCACAUGGUGCUACCGCAAACCUAUCUUGUCUUAACAUCUUUCCACCGUGCAAACCUUCAAACCUCAUCAUAUUGUGCUAUUGUUAAAGUCUUCUGGAGAUGGUCACAGGUUUUGGUUUGAAAUGUAAAGUGUUAACCACUAUGUCUUCUGAGAACUUUGUACAAGUCAUAAGAGGUACAUGUAUAUAAGUUCUCCACAUGGUGUUACUAAAACCAGUCACGGGAAAGGUCAGUUCAUAUUUCAUGCGAAUGUGAAGUGAAUUUGACGUCACGAAACAUUCACUGCGAAAUUCUCCCAGAGUUGAAAUGUGACUUUAUAGUGCGAAAAUUUGCCAUGACGUCACAAAAUUUGCAUUCAGAUUCGCUUUCGUGCUGAGUAUGAGCUGGCCUUAACAAUGUAAAAUAUUCGGAAAAUUAAAAUGAAAACAAUUUUAUACUGAUAAAUAUACAUGUAUACGAAUAUUGCAAUAUUAACUGAUAUGCUGCUUGCAAUACUUACCGGUGCUGAUGUGUACCUUGAAGAUUUGAAAAUGCAAAACUGCAAUAAUUUUAAGAAGAAAAAAAUGUUAUAUUUAUUCAAUAUAAAAUAGUUUUUAUUAUGUUUUUAAUGAUGAACUAAGUAUUUUACAAAAGCAGCUUUGAGUUAUGCCAGUAUAUUCACUGAUAUCAUUUACAGCAAGCAGGGUUUAAUACAAAAAUCAUUUAUGUAGUUUUUAAAAUCAAUUUUGAAUAGAUUUUAUUUAGGGAAUAAAUAUGUGCUUGGCCAGUUUAAACAAGUACGUUUAAUACCGGCUAGGGUCCUGGAUGCGGCAGAUGAUUCAUAAAUACCUUUUUCGUUCAAAAAGUCAAAAAUUCAAAACAUUUCCAAUGAUUUUGUUCAACAAUUUUACUUCAUAUUUUGUGAAGCAUCCAUCUGGCCAUGUCUAAGGUAUGUGCCUCAGGCGUAAUGCUAAAGAUCUCCUUAUAUGGAGAUUGGAUAGCGCGUGGCGUGUACUGCGCGAUGUGGCGCAGAAUGCAGCUGUGUUUUACCAGUGGUUUAAAACCACCCACUUGACUGGCUCUCGACCAGUAGGAAUGGGUAAACUUUCUUUGGUAUUUAUGAAUGUCUCUUAAAGAUGAAGUAUUUAAAGCAGCUUUGAGCUUUAACAAUUUACUCAUUGGCAUUAUAAAAAGAUACUUGGGCUAUAAAAAAAGUCUAAUUCUUUCUUUUUUGGGUGUUAUCAGGCUUAUUUGUUUUGAGAUUGUGCAUUACUCUCUUUUUUUUCAAGUCUUUGAUGAACUCCUUUUUCAUUAUGAAAUAUUUCUUGUUUCAGUUGUGUUCUGUCAAUUGGACAAAAACUAAUGCUAAUUAUUUCAAUUGAAUUGUUAAUGUAGCUUAAAUAGUCAAGCUCAUUUAAAAUGAGACCGAGUCUUAUAUUUAAUGAAAUUUUUUUAUGGCAUGGCAAUUAAAUUUAAUUUUUCACGAGAGGA